AUGGAUCGAGGGGGUUGGAACCCAGUGAUACGCAGGAGAGAAGUGGGAAGCCAGCUUGGAGAUCCUAAGGAGGAAUUCUUGAUCACCAUUUUCGUGGAUAACAUACCUGACUCAAUGGAUCCUAAAGGCUUGUUUAAUCUUUUCCAAAAGUUUGGUCUAGUCAAGGAUGUGUUUAUCCCGGGUAAGAGGAGGAAAGCUUCAAAAUCCAGAUUUGGGUUUGUAAGAUACGACUGUGAGGUGACUGCACGGGUGGCGAUUCAGAAGGCAGAUGGUUUGUGGUGUGAUAACAAGGCACUGAGGGUUAAGUGUGCUGAGUAUUAA